UGGGCAAGCUGCCGAGGGGCCGAGAGGCGGAGAGAGGAUGCGGCCGGCCGCCGCGGUCCCGAGCAGUGCGCGGUGAUCGCCUCCCCCGGAGGAGGAGUUGCCUAGACCGUUGCCACAGUUCUCGUUUUCCUGCCCACCUACCCACCCCGUAAUUACAUUGGCUGCUGGAGGGGCCCGGGAGAGACGGAGGAGGCGCCUCGCUUCCCCGCUCGGCCCGCCACCCCUGCUCUUCCCCGUCCCGGGCCAGGAUGACUGGAGUCUUUGACAGUCUGGUGGCUGAUAUGCACUCGACCCAGAUCACGGCCUCCAGCACGUACCACCAGCACCAGCAGCCCCCGAGCGGCGGCGGCGCGGGCUCCGGCAGCAGCAACGGCAGCAGCCUCCACAAGCCCCAGGAGUCGCCGACCCUCCCGGUGUCCACGGCUACAGACAGCAGCUACUACACCAACCAGCAGCACCCGGUGGGCGGAGGCGGCGGGGGGGGCUCGCCCUACCCGCACAUGGGUUCCUACCAGUACCACGCCAGCGGCCUCAACAACGUCCCUUAUUCCGCCAAGAGUGGCUAUGACCUGGGAUACACCGCCGCCUACACCUCUUAUGCGCCCUACGGGACCAGCUCGUCUCCUGCCAACAACGAACCUGAGAAAGAGGACCUCGAGCCUGAAAUUCGGAUAGUGAACGGGAAGCCAAAGAAAGUCCGGAAACCCCGCACCAUCUACUCCAGUUUCCAACUGGCGGCUCUUCAGCGGCGUUUCCAAAAGACUCAAUACCUGGCGCUGCCCGAGCGAGCCGAGCUGGCCGCGUCUCUGGGCCUCACCCAGACUCAGGUCAAAAUCUGGUUCCAGAACCGCCGAUCCAAAUUCAAGAAGAUGUGGAAAAGCGGUGAGAUCCCCUCGGAGCAGCACCCUGGGGCCAGCCUCGGCCGCUGCGCAGCCGAGAGUGACAUUUGCGUCUUUAGAAAGCUGCGAGCGCCCGACGCGCGGCGAGGCAAGGACAGGCUCCCCCCUGUCACGGCCCCGGCGGAAUGUUCCCGCGCUGCCUCCACCCGCGUCGGGACGCGGGGUUCUCCCGCUCCGAGCGCCGUGAGUCACUCGGCGCCUGGCGGCUCAGUCUCCGCCCUCUCGGUCCCUCCGGCGCCGGGGCCUCCGCCCGGCUCCUGGGCUGUCUCUGCGGCCUCCGGGGCCGCGGCGCUGGCCACGCAGUGCUUCGGUGCCACAGCUGCUGGCCACGCAGUGGUUGGGAGCGGCAGCGGGGAACCUGCAGCCGGAGCAGAGCCUGAUCUCUACACUGGACCCUCCCCUCGGUUUGUCCCGCAGCCCUCUGGGGCUGGCUGA